GGGCACUGUCGAUCUUCCGUCGCUUACUGGGUAAAACCAGCGAGCCAACGCGCGCCCUCUUGUCGCUUCUCUCAUCUUUUAUCCAGUCGCGUUCUUCUGAUUGCGAAUGCGUUCAAGAAGAGCGGGAAGAAGGGGAGGAAGAGGAGGAGGAGGAGUCUGGGUUCUUGGUCGUUGGUUGUUUGAAUGGCGGGGUGGAUAAAGUUGUUUUAGCCCCUUGUUCUCGGUGGUCUUUGUUCGCGGUUUGGGACUCGAGAAUGGAGGACGAGAUGGACGAGAUGAUGGGGGAAGGGGAGGAAGGUCUGUCUUCCCUGCAGAUCGACCUAGAGUACGAAUACUCAGCUCCACGGUUCUAUGAUUUCACGGGGAUGGAGACGGCCGACGAUUCGCGAGAAGCCGAAGCGUGGUUUGAUAGCGCCGGCAGCGAUCCUGAUUCGCCUUACUUGGCUAAGCUGUUACAUAUGAGAGAAGCGAUUGUAGAUGAAGAAAGUGACCUUCCACAAGCCCAUGAUGUUGAACAUUAUGAUCCCAUUCAUCACUUGCCUGCUGAUUCAAGACCUAGCAUGGGAACUGAGAUAAACAUGAUGGAUGAGGACAGAAAAGUGAACAUGCAAGGAGCAUUUCUCAUGGAACAACCUGCUGAUUUCCACAUCAUGGAAAAAUCUGCUGAUGCCCCAGUGGGCUAUAUCCAGAAUUUAUCACAACAUACUAGUCUGGAUCGCCUUGUUAUGGACUGCAUUGUUGCUGAUUCACUUAAGGAAACUGAAUCCUCUAAAGGAAUAGUUUCUAAGAGCCAUAAUGGACAGCAUGCUCCCCAAGGCAAAGACAAGAGUUUCUUGACUGCCCGUUUUUCCAGAAGUUCUACUUUGAUGAAGCCCACUGCAAGCCAAUUAGCCAAGCAAAAAAAAUCAGUCCUAAAUUUCCCAAGAGAAGUGGAAGUUUCUAGAAGAAUUGUAGGAAGGCCUACCCUUUCUGCUAUUGCUAAGAACAAAAAAGAUGCAGAGAAAGCAUCUUUCAGUGAGUGCCAUGCUUCAAAAAGGCAAAAGCUGGAAGGUGGCCAGUUGCGAAAGCAGAUGCAGCAGUUGCACGAUAUGAAGGAACGGAUGCCUUUGCUUCAUAAGGCCCCCAAACAAGUCCAAGGCCAAAGCAGUGCCAGCUGCAUGGGAAUGCAUGCUGCAGGCCUUAGUAAUAGGUGUUCUUCACUUGUGAAGGAUAGACAUAUUGAUGGAAUUCGUGAACAAACUAAAUUGAGAUUGACUGUGCCAAGAGAGCCUGAACUCAAAACUGCACAAAGGGCUAGGAGAAUUAGGGCCAAUAUGGCUUCAAAUCUGGAUGAAUGUGAGCUUACAAAAGCUUCUCUGUCUAAAGCACAGCCCUUGAACAGGAAGGUUCUUGAGGCCCCUUCUUUACCUCUGCCACAAAGAAGUGCACGGAGAAUGCCUGUUUUUCAUGAAUUUCAUUUGAAGACAUCAGAGAGAGCUUUGCAGCAUUCGUUGGCUGUUCCAUCAACAGUGUCUUGUGGCAACCCAGGCAAUGUCCGGAAUGUGCCUACUGCUGCUGGCAGAAGUGAUCCUGCUGACACUAAGCCACCCCACCUCGACAAAAUUGUCUCUUAUCCAAGGUCGAGAGUCACUGACAGCACAAAGCCAGGCAUCAAUGACAAAGGCCAUAUAUUUAAAGCAAGACCGCUUGAUAGGAAGAUCUUUUCAAGCAAGGGAGAUAUUGGUAUUUACCGAAAUUUCAAACGAGAAACAACAAAACCUGUGGGUUUUAAUUUUCCAACAGACAAAAGGUUUCCUCAGCCCAAUCCGCCUAUUGACUUAUUCAACAAGCUGUCCCUCAAAUCUGAAGUUUGUCAUCAUAAUGCAUCUCAGACAACUUUGCCUCAUACCAGUCAUUCCCCUCUCAAGAUCUAUGAAGGAGAAAAGGAAAACGUGAAUAACUUGUCGCAACAUGAACAUAAUAUGGUCGUGUGCACAGGUGAAGAGAAAGAACAUAUGUCUCAAAUGCCACUGAAUCAAACUAAGGAAGGAGGGGGAAUGACUGGAAUAAGCAACAAUGAUCAACUGCUUGGUAGGUCUCCAUUCAUAGAGAUGCUGGAAGUAAACGUCUUAUCCUGUCAUCCGUCCAGCAAUGGAAGCUUGCUUGUGGCACAGAGUUCUUAGUCAUAGAUGAUGUAGCCAAUGCAAGGACGGUUGCAUCAUGCCCCCAUCCGAUGUCAUAAACACUCGCCAUUUACGGUUUUGAUGGCAUUGGAUCACACUGUGACGAUUGAUAUUAACAGCAUCACGAAGAAGGAACAGACAUGACAGAUGGAUGGUAUGUAACAUAGCGGGAAUUCUCAAUGCUGAAACCACGAGGCUUAUGUCAACAAACAUUUAGGUUCUUGCUGUGCAUACUCCAUGGUGGUCAGGGACGCUUUGGACAUAGUGCACAGAUAGGACCGUGAAGGAAAAUUUGCCGAGGAAGAAUGCAGUGUACUUUUUAGACUGAAACUUUGGCAUGUUCCGGUGAAGGGUAACCAUUCUUUGGUCUUUAAUUUUUUGAACAUUUCAAAUUUGAUUGUAGAUUGCCCAUUGUAAAGUGAAUUUAAGUUCAGUAAAAUGAUCCUUUUUCA